AUGAGUCCUCAGUCUCAGUACCAGCCCAUCCUUCCUGCCCCCGACGCCUCGGGAUCUUCUGGCGGUCAGGACCCAGAUAAACGCCUAGGUAAGCGGAGACGUGCCAACAGGCCCAAUGCUUGUGAGAACUGUCGAACGAAAAAAGCCCGUUGCGACGGCAAAAGACCCAGCUGUUCAAAGUGUGAGAGAUGGGGUACCACCUGCGUCUACAGUGUCGACCAUGUGUCUAAUGUAGAAAGGGAGCUCAAGGAGCACCGUGAUGUUCUCGAGCUGCUGCUCUCCCUACCUGAAGACCAAGCCCUCGCUGCUCAUCGCCAACUGAGAGGCGCGGCCAGCUUGGCUGAUGUCUUGUCUUCCCUCCAGGGCAGUAUGCACGGUAGGCAUCAACCUUCCAGUAUACGGACUGCCCAGGCCAUAUCGCCGCCCACAUCAUCAGCUCUCGAGUUUGAGCUGACGGUGCGGCAUGGCAUCGCGUAUCCCACCUUGUUCCCCUUGGACCUCGCCUCUUUAAGCGCCGAUCCCAGGCUGAGGCCUGUUCAGAGAUCGUCAGGUCAGGGUCUUUUGCUUGAAGGCUCUUCGCCGUCUGACAGCACAACGUCGCCUUCGACAUCAUCUAGCAAUAGCCACGCUACACCAAGCACGCUGUCGUUUGUCAAACAAGAGGAAGAGCCAGUCGGACCCCAUCGCGACACAUACUGUGACGAAAGAUUGCACAGAUUGCGCAUUGGAUACUGGACCGGCGUAGCUAUUCAAGACCAAGUCGCUGCCCGUGCUAUUUCACAUUAUCUUCAAAGCAACCACACCAUUUUUGGCUUCUUCGACCCCAACCUUUUCAUCCGCGAUCUCGUCGAGCAUCGCCAUGAGUACUGCUCAUCAUUUCUAGUCAAUGCCCUGCUGGCCCACGCCUGUCAAGGUUACUCGGUCGUUGACGAAACGGUUGGCGCGCUGAGUCAAGAUUUUGUAAGAGACGCUGGUGUUUUGUGGCGCGCUGAGAGAUCCACCGACUCGCUUGUCAAUGUAGCUGCCAUUCUCAUGCUAAGCGUCAGUUGCCAUUUACAAAGAUCGGACUAUGAUAGUCAAGAUCUUCUCGACGAUGGGCGUUUAAUGGCUGAGCGGAUGAAGCUUUUCGGUGUGCAGCAUACACCUGAAAAUGCUGCGUCUUUCGAAGCUUUGGAGCCUGAUGCGAAGCGUGCAACAGCGCAUACAGCCUGGGGCGCUUACAGCUACCUCACGCUUAACUCGUUCUGGGUACCAACAAGACCCAUUACGUUUCCGCCCAUGUUUCCCGUUCCAGGGAGAAACGACCAAGAUGUGUUAGAUGAAAGGCAAAACGUUUCAAGCGCUGUGUGA